AUGGCUGAAAAGGUGUAUUUAGUCAAUCCAGAAACAGGUAGUCGUCAUCGUCUUAACGACUGUAAACCCUGUCCAAGACCAUCGUCUUCGCUGAAAUUUUCAUCCUCACCAAAGUAUCGGAACAAAGAUUUACCUAAAACAGUUGAUUUAAGUUCAAAAAUGACGCCAGUAGAAACCCAAGAGGAUACUGCUGCAUGUGUUGGUAAUGCCUUAGCUGCUGCCUAUGAAUUUUUAAUAAAGAAAAAAACUGGACGCGAUAUUGAUGUUAGUCGUUUAUUUAUUUAUUAUAAUGGUCGUGUUAGAGAUGCAGUCGAUGAAGGUAUUAUCGAAGAUUCAGGUUGCUCUAUUGCAGGUGCUAUCGAAGGAUUGAAGGAGUAUGGUUGUUGUAAAGAAGACUGGUUUCCGUAUGAUAUUAGAAAAGUCAAUCAAAGACCACCAAAAAAUUGUUAUGACGAUGCUAUUCACUUUCGUAUCACGCAUGGUCUUGUGUUAAAACCUAAUCUGCAAGAAAUGAAAGUAUGUUUAGCGCAAGGCUACCCGUUUGUAUUUGGUCUCAAAACAUUUAAAUCAUUUUCAACAGCUGAAACCAAUGGUGGACUGGUACCGAUGCCAGAACCCAAUGAAGAUAUUAGUCUAGACCAUUAUCAGCAUGCAAUGUUGGCAGUUGGAUAUGAUGAUAAAUUAAAACAGUUUAUUGUUAAAAAUUCAUGGGGUCCAAAUUGGGGUCACAAUGGAUACUGUUACAUUCCUUAUGAUUAUAUGGCUAAUAAAAAAUAUUGUUCAGAUUUACACACAAUAAAAACCAUUUCGGAAAGACAGCGUCAGCGUAGAGAACGCAUUGCUGAAAAUGGAAAAGGUAGGAAUAAUGCAAAAAAUAAGCCAAAUGAGUCGAAAAUUGCGCAUAAUUCACUCAAUCCACAGCUGCUCGAUGAUGACGAUGACGAUGAUGAUGAUGAUCACGAUGAUGAUGAUGACGAUGAUGAUGACAAUAAAGAUAUUUUCCAGAGUGAUUCCUUUUGGAAAACAGAACGAUCAGAUUAUAUACAAACAAUGACCAAAAAAUAUCAUGAAACACUUUCUGCAAGACAGCAGGAUGCAUCGUCGCAAAAGAAAGUUCAACCUUAUUUUGAAAACAUUUCAAGACAAGCAAACUUAAAUAAAUCGUACAUUCUUUGGAUUGAUAAGAAGAUUGGAGAUAAUGCUUUUGUUGCAAAUCAACUAACCAGUGAUUCACAAAUUCAUAUCGAUUUUUGUGAGACCCUUGCAGUCGCACAAAAUCAUGUAGAAAGAAAUUUACACAAAAUCAAAUCAAAUUCAUCGAUAUUCCAAGUGAUUUGUCGUGGUUAUUAUAAAAGUGAACAUAAAAAUGCAUUGGAUUUGUUAUUUUUCUUGAAUAGAAACCAAUUAAAACAUAUACCGGCUACUAUUUUUACACAUGAUAAAGAAGGUUUGAUCAAACAUUUAGAUUAUGAGGCAUCACAGGUCGGUCUUGUUGAAUGGAGAGAACGGUUUUACAUUACAAGUGAUACCAAAAAGUUGAUUAAGAAAUGCAAGUGCAAUAUUACACAAAAACAUGAUAAACCAUCUAAAUGA